GCUUGAAUCAGUAGAUCAGUACGGCGCCAAACGUCUCGAAGUGAAGAAGCGCAGCUACAAAAUAUAUUUCGUCCGUGCGGAAAUUUUAUAUCGUGCGUAAAAAAACAAUUUUGGAUUCAGUGAAGUGAAAAAAUUUUUUUUUCAACUGUGUGAUGAAAAAUAAUUUUUUGGAAAAAUGAAUAGUGAUACGUGUGAACUAACAUAUAUAAAAGACGUCAUGUCCGGAUCCGAGAAGGACGCCGGGUUCUGCAGCGGAGAGGACGAGAACCUGCACUCGCCUAGCGGCUCUGAGGACAGCGUGGAGGUCCAAAUCUCCCCAAUUUCUCUGCGGAACAAGCGGAAACUCGCCGAGCCUAAGAAGAACUGCAAGUCCGACGCACCUAAUCGUCCAUUGAAGAAGCGUCGGUUCAUCGAGCGCUCUACUGGCUCCCCCUUCCGACCUUGGAGCUCCCCACACCCUGACAAGGCUGCCGAAGACACGCAAGAAGAGCGCUGGCGGCUGGAAGAAGAGCGUCGACGCAGUGAAGAAUCCCAGCGUCUCUACGAGGCACGAAUCCAUGCUCAAGUCCUCGCUAGGCUUCAGUCAGUCCCUAGCGCUCCCCUCCCUUCUACCCGGGCCCAAAAUUCUGGGCCAGAGAGUCCCACCACACGGCCCCACUCAUCUCCCGUGAGUUCCAUCCCCACUCAGGCCCCAGUCUCUGGCCCACUGAGUCCCGUUCCCACUAGUCUGAACCCCCACUCCGCUCGAUUGAGUCCCAAUCCUACUGCUAGGCUCCCCCACUCCUCGGCAAGGACCCAGCAGCUCUAUGAGGACUUCCCCCACCAAGAAGAGCCUCUAGCUCUAGUUCUUCGUGGGGACGCACGUGUUCCAGCUCAUCCAGGAGUCACAGAGGUUCCUUAUGAGGACAAACGUUCGCUCAAUAGUCAAAAUUACGACAGAAUAAAUAGUAAUAAAUUAAUCCCUAGCAGUCGGAUGUCUUCCACAAGUCAGGCGAUGUCUUCCACGAGCAACGGAAUGUCCGAGCAAUCGAAUCCUUCAGGACAAAGGAACUACAAAAAUAUGACACGAGAGCGCAGGAUUGAAGCCAACGCUCGGGAACGCACGCGAGUCCAUACCAUCAGCGCGGCUUUCAAUACUUUGAGGAAGUCCAUACCUGCGUAUUCACACAACCAGAAACUGUCGAAGCUCUCGGUGUUGAGGAUUGCGUGCAGUUAUAUUAUGACUCUCAGCAAAAUUGUUGGAGAGGGGGAAGAUGAGUUGGAGGGGAGAGACAAAAAUAGGGGAAUGGAACUAGGGGAAUGUGUGGAUCUAGUUUCGAGAACGAUACAGACUGAGGGGAAGUUGAGGAAGAAAAAAGAAGAUUAGAGUCGAGGGAAGAAUGGGAGUGGGAACUGGUGUCUCAUUGUGGUGUCUAGUGAUUUUUUUUUAAGUAGGAUCUUUUAAUUUUGUAAAUCUAAAGAAGAAUAAAAAUAUUUUAUGGGUCUAGUGACUUUUAGAAAGUGAUUUUGCGGACGAUUGUUAUUUAUCACUGGAAUUUGUCUAGAAAUUUUAUGAAACUAGGGAAGUUCUUGGGAUUUUGUGAAGAAUUCUAAAGAUAUAAUUAUAAGUAAAUUUAUCUCUAGAGAAUUUGCCGGGGAAUUUUUCUAGUAAAUUUUUUGUGACUUAAAUUUUUACGAGUUAAAGAAAUGAGAAGGAAAUGACUAGGGAAUUUUUUUAUUGAUCUUGAGAAUACCACAAAAAGUUUCUAGUGAUUUUUUCAAUGUACAAGAUUUUUUAAUAUCUAGGGAGUUUUCAAAAAUCGUUUUAAGUAAAAAAUUUACAGAAAAUGCCCUAGCUCAGCGAAAUCUGGUGAUUUUGUCUAGUAAUUUUUUAUCGAGUUACUCAAGGAUUUUUCCAGGGAAUUUUUUAUGAACUAGUUGUUAACUAAAGUAAAAAAUUUAACGAUUCCUAGUUCUUGUUAAUCUAGUAACAUUUUUUACAACUUUUCCAAGAAGAAAAGUUUUCAAAAAUUGUUUUCGGCUCAAAAGUUGACAAUUUUACUAGAAAAAUUCCCUAGAUUGUUAUCUAGUAACUUUGUCCAGGGAAUUUUUCAAAUACGGCUCAACUUAUAAAUUCAAAUUUUAUUGAAAAAUCCCUAGUUCAAGAAAGUCUAGUAACUUUGCACAUAAUUUUCCCAGAUAAUGUUCCUAGGGGAUUUUGGAGAAGUUAUUUGGCACAGAUUAAAGGAAUAUUAAAAAAUCCCUAGAUUCAUAACUUCUAGUAAUUUUCAAAAUGAAUUUUCGAAGAAAUGUUCUAGACUUUGAAAGAAAUUAAUUUACUAGAAACGGAAAAUUCCCUAUAUUUUUAUCUGGUAACUUUCCCUGAGGGAUUUUUGAAAAUAUAACUCAACUUAUUAAUUAAAUCUCUCCGGGAAAAUUCCCUAGUUCAUGAAAGUCUAGUAACUUUUUUCAGAAUUCUCCUAGGGAAUUUUACCUGGAAAUUUUGGAAAAAUUAUUCUCGGCACAAAUUGAAAAAAUAUUAUGAAAUCCCUCGAUUUAUAACUUCUAGUAAUUUUUCAGAAAUUGUUCAUAGGGAAUUUUGAAGAAAUGUUCUAGACUUUAAAAGAGAAUAAAUUUUCUAGAAACGGAAAAUUCCCUAUAUUUUUAUCUGGUAACUUUUCCUAAGGGAUUUUUAAAAAUACAACUCAACUGAUUAAUUAAAUUUUCUCCGGGAAAAUUCCCUAGUUCAUGAAAGUCUAGUAAGUUUUUCCAGAAUUCUCCUAGGGAUUUUUUUCAGGAAAAUUUUUGGAAAAGUUAUUCUCGGCACAAAUUGGAAAAAUAUUAUGAUAUCCCUAGAUUAAUAACUUCUAGUAAUUUUUCAGAAAUUGUUCAUAGGGAAUUUUGAAGAAAUGUUCUAGACUUUAAAAGAGAAUAAAUUUACUAGAAACGGAAAAUUCCCUAUAUUUUUAUCUGGUAACUUUUCCUAAGGGAUUUUUAAAAAUACAACUCAACUGAUUAAUUAAAUUUUCUCCGGGAAAAUUCCCUAGUUCAUGAAAGUCUAGUAAGUUUUUCCAGAAUUCUCCUAGGGAAUUUUUCCAGGAAAAUUUUUGGAAAAGUUAUCCUCGGCACAAAUUGGAAAAAUAUUAUGAUAUCCCUAGAUUAAUAACUUCUAGUAAUUUUUUAGAAAUUUUCAUAGGGAAUUAGAAAAAAUGUUCUAGACUUCAGAAGAUACGAAAUUUACUGUAAACUGAAAAUUCUCUAUAUCGUCUGGUAACUUUCCCUAGUUACUUUUUUGCUAAAAAAAAAUUAAAUUUUCGUGCCAUUACAGUGAUUUUUCUUUACAGAAAAUUUCCUAAAAUUUUUUUUGUGGCCAAUUAAAUGAUCUGCGAUUUUUAAUUGUAAUUAUAAUUAGUGAUUAUUGUUAGCAAAUAAAUUGAAUAAAAAAAAAUUAUGUAUAUGAAUGCUUCCAGUUAAAUAUUUUACAGACUGAAACGCCAAGUACAAAAAAAGUUUUUUUUUGUAACCUAGUAAUUUUUUUUUUUUCAUUAACUAUUCAAUGCAUUGUAAAUAUCCCAUUAUUA